AUGGCGGCGGCGAGUGUGACGCCCCCAGGCUCCCUGACUCUGCUGCUGCCUGGCUUCUCCCGGACACUGCUGGGCACCAAGCUGGAGGACAAGUACCUGUGCUCGGCCUGCGGCAACGUCCUGCGGCGACCUGUGCAGGCCCAGUGCGGUCACCGCUACUGCUCCUCCUGCCUGGCCAGCAUCCUCAGCUCCGGGCCGCAGAACUGUGCCGCCUGUGUGCAGGAGGGCAUCUAUGAGGAGGGUGUCUCCAUCCUGGACAGCAGCUCGGCUUUUCCAGACAAUGCUGCCCGCAGGGAAGUGGAGGGCCUGCCAGCCAUCUGUCCCCACGGUGGGUGCACCUGGACAGGGACUGUCAAGGAGUAUGAGAGUGGCCACGAGGGACAGUGCCUGUUCAUGCUGACCACAUGCCCUGCCUGCAAGGCCUCGGUGCGUCUGGGCGAGAAGGAUCGCCAUGCCGAGGCGGAGUGCCCGGAGCGCAGCCUCAGCUGCCCACACUGCCAGGCCCCUUGCUUCGGGGCCGGCCUGCAGGCACACUUGGAGAUCUGCCCUCAGCUUCCCCUGACCUGUGAGGGCUGCGGCAGCAAGACUGUCCCCCGGGAGAAAUUGCAGGACCACGUUAGGACCUGUGGCAAGUGUAAAGUGCCCUGUCGUUUCCAAGCCCUCGGCUGCCCUGACGUGGUGACAGGAGAGCAGCAGCAGGACCACGAGGUGCAGCGGCUGCAGGAGCACCUGGGCCUGCUGCUGGCCCGCGUCCUGGAGGGGGAGCCGCUCUCCGGCCACGGGGCUGCAGGGCUCCUGGAGCGGUGCCACACUUUGGAGGGGAAGACAGCCACGUUCGAGAACAUUGUCUGUGUCCUGAACCGGGAGGUGGAGCGUGUGGCCAUGACAGCCGAAGCCUGUGGCCGGCAGCACCGGCUGGACCAGGAGAAGAUCGAAGCCCUCAGCAGUAAGGUACAGCAGCUGGAGAGGAGCAUUGGCCUGAAGGACCUGGCGCUGGCCGACCUGGAACAGAAGGUCCGGGAGAUGGAGGCGACCACCUACGACGGCGUGUUCAUCUGGAAGAUCACCGACUUUGCCCGCAAGCGCCAGGAGGCCGUGGCCGGCCGCACCCCCGCCAUCUUCUCCCCAGCCUUCUACACAAGCAGGUACGGCUACAAGAUGUGUCUGCGCGUGUACCUGAACGGAGACGGCACCGGGCGGGGCACCCACCUGUCCCUCUUCUUCGUGGUGAUGAGAGGUCCCAAUGACGCCCUCCUGCGCUGGCCCUUCAACCAGAAGGUGACACUCAUGCUCCUUGACCAGAACAACCGUGAGCACGUGAUUGAUGCUUUCCGGCCAGACGUCACCUCCUCCUCCUUCCAGCGGCCGGUGAGUGACAUGAACAUUGCCAGCGGCUGCCCUCUGUUCUGCCCCGUCUCCAAGAUGGAGGCCAAGAACUCAUACGUGCGCAACGACGCAAUCUUCAUCAAAGCCAUCGUGGACCUGACGGGGCUGUAG